GUGGGUCUUAGCCACAGCAAAAGGAGCGCAUAAGAACAAGCCAAGGAGGGACGCCAUCAGCCAAGUAUUGACAAAGGACCACUUUGGGAUUAUUUUAGGCUUUGACUGAGUCCGAAUAGAUUCUACGGAAAUCACUUUGAGGUGAAGCUUCGAGGAGGAUGCUCGCACAUUGCGUUGGAGGCAACGCGUUUCUUCGGAAUGUAAUUUUCGUGGGUGUUGUAGCAACGGCCGGUAUUUGUGCGCCACCAGCUACGCGAGCAGGAGGUUCGAGUCCACUGGAUGAAGUAAUUAACGGUAUGAUACCAUUGUUCCGCCUGGACAACCUCAACGGUGCCGUCUUGUCCGGUCAACCUUCAAGCUACAGCUGCUUCACGGCAACGCGUUCGCCCAUCAGCGUUCACUGGGAGGUGAAUGGUUCCCAGGCUUUCGACAGGAAGCAAUUUGAGAUCUUCUACAGCCCUAUGGACACUAUUGGUCCCGAAUCUAAGCUCGUGUUCGCUCGGUACAGCACACUGACCAUCAGGAAGACGGUGAUGCGUACGUGCGUGGCGCUUCGGCAGCACAACUCGCCUUGCAUCCUGGGAUAUCCCUGCGCCCUACCGGUGGACAAGUGCGACGGCCGCUGCCGCUGCCGCAGACCUUUCCUACAGGACGCCUCUGGCUGCCGCAUGAACACGACGCUGAACAGUGGCUGCGACCAGUACCGCUUAUGCCCCGAGGGGGCGCACUGCGUGAACAACGUGUGCGCUUGCAGGCCGGGCUACGUUCCCUGGGGCUUCGGCUGCUUGCGGAGGUUCCUGUCGGGCGACGGCAUGCACAAGGUACACGCGGUCAUCCGGUUCACGCUGACUGCCGUGUUCACCGUUGCCAUGGUGCUUCUCGGCGUCUGGCUCUACCACCACUCCCACAGUCCCUCGCUCAUGCGAGAGCGCUCCGUGGCAAACUGGGAGUACAUGCCCAAGAUGGAUCAGACAUAGUGCGGGCAUUCCCUGCUGGGCAAAAAUGUGGACAUUGUUGAUUUUCUCUGUU